CAAAACAAUCUACAAAAUUAGAAGGAAUAGAAGUUAUAGAUAAUAGAGCAGAACAAAUCAAGAAGAAACUCGAACUUGGAAAUAGAAGAAAAAAGAAAUCCAAAAAAGAAGAACAAACAAGCUACCUAUUAACAACAAGACAGAAAUUAUUGUAG